CGGUAACAGCGCGCUGGUGAACGCGCCACAGAGCGUCGAGGAUGUUGAAGAGGUAUUGGUUAGGCAAAUUCUGCUGCAGCACAUAUCUGAUUUGAUCGUAGCUGGUGAAGCGCCUAUACAAGCCUGGCCCGGCGCGAGUCAUAACAGCUAUCGAUGAUCAGUUAAAGCAGCUUCAACGCUCGACUGAAGGAUGGCAGCUCGCAGACGCGCUCAUGGCAAGCAGCGAACCCAACGUUCGCUUCUUCGCCGCUCUCACCUUCCAGGUGAAACUCAACAAUGAUGGGUCAGUGUCUGACCCUGAGCUGAGUCCAUGGUGAGGCUUUCCGCUUAUUGAUCUCUUAGGCCGUCGCUUGACGCUGAGACAGCGCAUGCAGUGAAGUCGAGAUUGUUGUCCUGGACAGUCCGCCUGACCAACCAGGGCGAGGGAUCAAUGGUCACCAAGAAGCUCUGCACAACGCUUACGACUUAUUUUGUGCGCUCGCCGGUAACGUGGAAAAUGCCUCUGACGCACUUAGCACGCUGUUUGCAAGUCGAUGACUAUGCCCCUGAGCUUGAAGCUGACGACGAAGCUACCGUUCUCACCUUACUGCCAGACCUCAGGCCAAGUCAAGUCAUUCUGUUGCUUAUCUUCUCUGCAGCGUUGGCGGACGAGGUUAGUAAGGUCGACGCAGACUCACCGGCCCAUGCUGCGCUCCAUGACCAGAUGGAAGCGAUUGUUCAGGACGCCAGUAUGAUUAUUGCGACUGCGCUCAGCAAUCCUGACUACAAGGUUAGGACUGAAGCGCUCAAGGCGUUCCUAACUUGGGUCAACUAUGCUCAGCCUGUUUGGCCACGGAAACCGGAACCCCUACAACAUCUACGGGAUCUGACCGAGUUGGUCGCUCAGUGUGUCGCAGUCCCUGAACUGCACCAAGACGCUUUAGAAGUGUUGCGGGACAUACUCGAGAGCUACACCAGUUUCUUUACAGCGCGCCAUAUGUUCGGCCUCUUCCGCAUUGUCACCGAGCACGUACAGCCGAGGCUACUCACAGCUCUAGAGAAUGUUGAUCCGGAAGGCGUACCGUACGGUCAGCUUGUGAUCGCUUACGGCGUCGCAAACGUGCAGCCUGUGGUUGAGCAACCAGACAAUGAUAUGUCUCGGACUAUCAUUGACCUUCACUUUGAGAUAUUGAGAUCUCCGGGGUAUCCUGGUGGCGAAGACGAAAUCUCGAUCCACAGCAUAGAGUUUUGGAACACAUACAUCGAAUAUGUGAAUGACACCGUCUUCUCUCAAGACAGCGGUGAGCCGCCUCUUCCAUGGCUGCCCAACGCAAGAUCAAUACUUGAACAGCUCAUCGAGCUUCUCUGGACGAAGAUGCGUAUACCAACAGGACAAAUUGCCAAGGAAUGGACGAACGAAGAGAGCGGAGGCUUCCGAGAGUUCAGACUAGAUGCCACUGAUUUGAUGCUCUCUGUAUAUGUCUUUCUUGGGAAAGAUAUGCUGCGACAACUUGCAUCCUUCGCCCUCCGCUCGCUACGAGCUAAAGAUUGGCGCUCGGUCGAGGCAGCAUUGUUCUGCAUGAACGCUAUUGCCGACAAUGUCCUGGAAGAGUCAUCGAAUGAAGAAGCCUUGGAUGCACUCUUCAGUUCAGCCUUGUUUCGGGAGAUCAACGACUUCAACCUUAACAUACCUGCGCAAGCUCGACGAACUGCUAUUGACGUUCUUGGUUCGUACGGGUCGUACAUUGAACGUCAUGCAGAAUACUUGCCGGAUGCUGUAAGGUUCUUGUUCGCGUCUCUAGAGACAGCUGCCCUUGCAACCACCGCUGCGAAAUCGAUAGCCGCACUCUGCUCGGCAUGCCGCGGCAGUCUCACUGGAGAGCUGGAUGGCUUUUUGCAACAGUACCAACGCUUCUUGAGCGGUCCAACAAGCGACCCGUAUACCAAAGAGAAGGUCAUCGGAGCUAUCGCGGCCAUCAUCCAAGCGCUGAAGCCCGAAAGCACGAAAGUGCAGCCUUUGCUGCUACUGAUCGAGAAUGUUGAGAAGGAUGUGCAAACCGCCAAAGAGUGCGUUGCAGCUGGUGAAAGGGACAUGGCCGAAGUUAUGGGCGUGACUGGACUCAACUGCCUUGCGAGUAUUGGCAAGAACCUACAGGUGCCGGACGAUGUACCUAUCAGCAUCUACGAUAACGACGAGCAGCCGCCACCAUCGGCGCACUUCUGGAACAGUGAGGAAGCGCAAGUGGUCAGACAACGUAUCAUGGGCUGCUUCUCUGUGCUGCAGGUCCUUGGUAAUGACGGAGAAGCGAUCGACGCUGCUUGUCAGGUGCUACGGAGUGGCUUUGCAGAGACAGAGCCAGGUCCCUUCGUAAUGCCGCCAUCGGUGACCGUGAGCUUCUUACAGCAAUGCUCGACCGAGACACCACAUUUGGAGAGUGUGCUGUCCACCGCAUGCAUUCUUGUCACCCAGCAUUCAAAAUCCACAUCAGAGCGCAUUCCGGAAGACGUCGAUGCAAUCUGCGCGUGCGUGGCCGGCUUGAUCGCGCAGCUCGGAUUACCCGAGCGUGAUCCAGGCGUGGCGCAAGGCUGUAUCGACCUCUUCAGCCGUCUUGUUCCGUACUACACGCAUGUGUUAAUCGGUAAAGACUCUAGGAUAUCAGGACAACUCCCAGCCAUCCUAGACUUCACGCUCCGGGCUAUUGAGGGUCAGGAUGUGUUUCCGAAGCGAUCUGCCUGCGAACUAUGGACAAAGCUUCUUAAGUCUCCCAGUAUAUCUAACCCGCCUGACGUACAGCAGCGUCUGACUCAAGUCGUGCACGCAUACUGUCCACAGCUGGCUCAAGCGCUCAUGGGUCAAGUGGGAGGUCUCUGCCAACGGUCGGAGCUCGACUAUGUGUGCGAGCCGCUGAAGGCCCUUAUCACAAACCAGCCGAAUGCAAGGGCAUGGCUUGAAGGUGCUUUGGCCGACUCUUCUUUCCCGCAAACGUCUGAGAGCGUUGGUCAAGCGGAGAAGCGACGAUUCCUGCAGCAGAUUGUGGGCCUACGUGGUGACAGCAGGAAGACGAAAGAUGUCGUCAAAGAGUUCUGGGCAGCCUGUCGUGGUACGGUGGUUAGGUACAAUUGAUUUCUCCUGUCGACAGGAUUGCAGCAUGUUGCACAACGCGCUGCUUGGGCGGAAAGUGCACACAAGAGAGCAGUAGAUGUAGUUGCUUGGAACAGAUAAACGCAAUAAGACUCAACAGUCCACAC